UUUUCAUUUCUCAGUCACUGUGAAAUUCAUGUCUUAAUUCAAAAAUUGUUUCUUCAAGGAUAUUAAAAAUGGCUAUUGAUACAAAAAAAAUUCAACUUUUCAUCUGCAGUGUUCUUAAGUUUUUUAUAAACUUGUUAUGCAGAUUUAUACAAAAGCAUCCAGUUGUUUCAAUUAUAUCAUCAAUCUUGUUUGCUCUAUACUUAUUUCUUCCUAAAGUUUUUAUUUUCUUGAUUUAUUUCUCCCCAUUUCUUGCCUGUGCUGCUGCUUAUAUCCGGUUUUAUUUGCCUUCGCAACGUAAAAAUAUCCGAAAUGAUACGAACAAAAAUCGUGAAAUAUCAUCUGCAACGUCGUCUAAGGCUGCUGAUGGAGAAUCGCGGACAAUACUGCAAAGGAAUGUUAAAGCAGAAUUGGUUAGUACUAAUGAUAGAACAAUCCUGACAGAAGAAAAACCGAGCCUGUCGCGAAAUGCGUCAAUUGGUGACAAUCUCGGAGCAUUCAGUAAAUCAGCAAGGUCUAGUAUCGCAUCGCUGGAUGGCUUGGAAGAGCAGAUUGCGAAAGGUGUCGAAAGUUCAAGCUCGGAAGGCGAAGAAGAAGACGAAGGGGUGCAAAGAGGUAUCAGAAAAGCCCUGGAAUGGACUGAAGAUGAUCAGAAGAAUCUGAUGGAUCUUGGAAUUUCUGAGCUUGAACGAAAUAAGAGACUUGAAAGCUUGAUUGCGAGACGAAGAGCGAGAAAAUUAUACAAAAUGAACACGGAGAAGAUUUUGAUCUAUACGAGUUCAGCUCAUAUUCCUGUAGCUCCAGUUUUAGUUCCAAGAGCAGGAAAACAUUAUUCAAGCGGUUCAGAUGACAAAAUUCCUGGUUCGGCACCUUCUGUUAUGUUACCGAGUCGGAAUCCAUUCGAUAUUCCAUAUGAUCCUCAUGAAGAAAAACCUGAUCUUAUGGCAGACAGUUUUCAGCAGGAGUUCAUGUCAACUCAUCAGGGCAAUCUCUUCUUUCGCAGGCACGAAAAUCUCAAACCGGAACCUUCUUUUUCACUUGACAACCACCAAAAAGAUUCUGAAAAUGCAGGAGACUCAAUUAUUAUAAAGGAACAAGAUAAGGGAGAUGGUGAGUGGCUAGUUGAUCAUGAACAAGAGACAGAAAACAAAGUCUUGCGUCGGAGUCUAAGUAUAACCGAUCUUGUGACCGAAGAAGGUGAAUCUUCGAACCUGGUAGAAAACAAACCUGAAGAAGAUAAACAAGCUGAAGAUCAGAAUCAGGCAGACAUUAAAGGGAAAAAGCCAGAGAAUAGUAAUGGCUCAGAUUCAAAUCUAGAUAAAGGAAAUCAAAUUCAAUUUGAAGCACAUAAAAUCGAGCACCACAGAAGUGAAUCAAGCUUAUCAUCAUUAUCAGACGACUACGAACUAACCUCCAAAUCCAGAAAAACCUCUGUUCUGACAAAGAUACAACCUCCAAUUUUCAGAUUUCCUGACAUAAUCAAUAAUCCAUCGCCAAAUUCGGACCCGUGUCCACUUCCUAAAGCUCGAGGUGCAAAUGAUGUAUCGUAUUUAGCUAGCCCUUCUACAAUCGACAGGUCGAGUUUAGAUAACCAUUUACUUUACACCAAUAGUGGACCAUGGCAUACUCCUACUAAUUCUGUAGCUUCUGAUAUGCAAGUCGAGGUUUCAGAACUUGGAUCGCCUCCGUUGACAGGAGAUGGAUCUGCUUCGUCUAAUGACGGAGAAUCUUUGACUUAUGAUGGCGACAUAGAGAAGGAUAUUACUUCUGGAAGCGACGACAUGUGGGGAAUCUCACCUCAUGCUCCUAAAGCCCAGGAAUAUGAUUUAGCUUCCACAGAAGUAAACUACUUUGGUAGAGAUGAUAUUACCGGAGGCUUUUCAGGUUUUCAUAUAGAACCUGAAGCUUCAGUUGCAUCAUCUUCAGGACAAAAUCUACGUCAGGGUAUUAGAACAGAUUCGGUUGAUUGUGAAGAACAUCAGGAAGACAAUUUGCAUAAGCCACAGGAAUUACUGAAUCCUUCUGAGAAGACUACAGAUGAGGUAGAAAUUAAUUCGUCUGAAGACAAGCAUGGUGAAGCUGAAAACCCCAUCACAUUGACAACUGUUGGCGAUUUUACAGAGCCAGCUGGUGAGAGCGAAUCGGUGAACAAUCCUGUGCAGAAUGUGGAGAUGGCCACUAGUGCAGAUGUAGUCAGUACAAAUGUUACUAAGGAAGAUGUGAAAUCAAGUGAAGAAAGAAAUCAAAUAAUUGACAGGUUCAUCGAGCAAGAAGUUUUAGUAGACUUGUCGAAACGAGCUGAAGAAAGUAGUUCGGAAUCUAGGAAGAAUUCCGAAAGCAUUUCAGAUGAGCCUCCUACUAAUCCUGAAAGCAUUUCUAAUGAGCCUCCUGCUAAUCCUGAAAGCAUUUCUGAUGAGCCUCCUGCUAAUCCUGAAAGAAAUCAUGAAAGUGUUCCGGAUGAGCAUCCUGCUAAUCCUGAAAGUGUUUCAGUAAUUGAACAACCUUCUACUGUUUCAAGUGCAUCUUCGUCUCCCAAGUCUGUUUUACUUUUACCAGACAGGAUUCCAUUAGCUGAAUCAUCAUCAGAUCUCAAUCAGCUCAUGCAAGUAGAAAAUUCUGAUCAUGGUACCGAGGAGAAUAUAGUCAGAGAUAGCUUGUUGUAUGAACAACUACCUGAGACUUCAGUUCAAAACGAGGCACAACAAGCAACAGAAGAUUCAGAAAAUCAUCAAUCUAUCGACAUGUCUACAAAAUCCGAGGAAAUAUUUAAUACUUCAGAGAAAUCAAGUGAUGAAGCCAAAGAUGGUGAAUCAGAGGCAUCAAUCAGUAAUGAGGCUGCAGUAGAGCUUACAAACCCUCUAGAGGAAAUUAACUCCAGAUCAAUUGAACAAAUUAGCAGUAUAUUUGAAAAUCUGGCUGAAGAUGAAGCUAGAACAGAUCAGUCAAAUGAAAAAGAACAUCAGGAUUCUGAAGUUUCAGAACUUGCAGUAACAAAAGAGAAUGUUAUGCAAGAUGCUGAUACAAUCGCAACAAAUUCUGUUCAUGAAGAUGAUCAUAUAGUCAUGAAUACCGACAACGACACGACUAGCAAGGAUACCUCUGAGCCAGUUGCAGAUGGUGAAAAACAAGGUACUUCAGAACAAUCAGAAGUGGCAGAAAAUCCAAUUCCUAAUUCAGGAUCUAUCGAAUUUACGGAAGCUGCAUCAAGAAAUUCGACUGAGGCUAUAGUUAAUAGUGUCCAAUUGCAGACAGCAGAGGAAAUUAGUACUUCAAAUGAUAUGACAAACAUCCAUGAUGCUGCGCGAAAAGAAGGUAAUAAUAAUAUCUCAACGACUGUAAGUAAUUCCGAAGAUCCGAGUGAAAGCAGUACUGAGAUAACUCAAUUCGCAAACAAUAUAGUUGCGAGGAUUGAAAUUCCCUUAGAUGAUGAAGAACAGAAGCAACAUUGAUAGAAA